UCCUUUACUCCCCCAAAACACAUCCACCAAACAACAAAACCCUAAAACAUUUUCAACAAUGGCAAAAAUCUCAUCAUCCACUCUAGCUUUGUUCGCAGCUUUAAUGUUGGUGGCUCAUGCAGUUGCCUUCCGAACCACGAUCACCACUGUAGAAACUGACGAUGUUGAAAACUACAGUCGAUCAGGUUCGGAACAGGAAUGCAGGCGACAGAGACAGGACCUGAACCACUGCAGAAUGUACAUGAGGGAGAAGAUGCACGGGCGGUUUGAGGAAGAAGAUGAGAUCGGGAACUACAGCCAGCAUCUGGAUCAGUGCUGUAGCCAGUUGAGGAAUGUCAACGAGAGGUGCCGUUGCCCCGCGUUGGAGAUGGAGAUUCAGAAGGAGCAGGGUCAGGAUAAGCAGAGGAUGAUGGAGAGUGCUAGGAAUAUUCCAUCUAUGUGUGGCAUGCAGCCUAGAACUUGCCAAUUCCAUUCUCGUUACUAUUGAAGAUCAUAAAGUUAUAAUAAGUUAUAACUAUGUUCAGAGAAUAUUAAGAGAGAGAGGAUAAAAUUAUGCACAUUAUCGUGUGCUUAAUUUGUAGUGUACUUUUGUUUUUAUGUUUGUAAAUUAAGGAGUUUUUUUUAAUAAGGCUCUUUUCUUGAAUAAUAAAAUCGGCACUUAAUUAA